CUCUACAACUAUCAUCUUUUUGUCUUUGAUGUUCAAGUAAAAGUCAUGGGUGGAUUAAGAAUUGUAGUAGCAUUUUUGCCUCUCAUGCUUGUGCUAUUUUCUCCCUCGGGAGCCAACAGAGAAAUCCUUGUUGGAGGGAAACAAAAUGCAUGGACAAUCCCACCAUCUUCAAAUGACACUCUCAACCGUUGGGCAGAGAAAACCCGGUUCAAAGUUGGAGAUAUUCUUGUGGGGAAAUUCAAUCCCAAAACAGACUCAGUGCUACAAGUGAGAAAGGAGGAUUAUGAUGGCUGCAAAACAUCAAACCCAAUGAAAGAACACAAAAAUGGGUAUGCAAUGAUUGAGUUGGACCAUUCAGGACCAUUCUAUUUCAUUAGUGGAGCUCAAGGAAAUUGUGAGAAAGGAGAGAAGCUUAUAGUAGUUGUUCUCUCUGAAGAUCACUGGCCCAAACAAAAUACUUCAGCAACAACUACACCAGCACCAGGGCCUAGAGGUGAAGCUCAUGGAUUGAGAAGUGGAGUCUUUUUGGGUGCUUUAUUGGUAAUUGGUUUAGGGACAAUAUUAGUUUUUUAAGUUGCUUUUCAUAUGAGAGAAACAAAGUGAUGGAAGGAGGGAUGUUUGGGGAAUUGUGUUUUUGCAUAUACAUUUUGUAUUUGUUGUUUGGAAUUUAGUUUCCUUAUUUUCUAUAAGGAUUUAUUAUCUGGAGGAAUUUGCUUCCCACUUUUAAGGUAAA